UUUUGCAAUAUGGCGGACGUUAGGAAAACAAAUAGGUUCUUAUUGUUUAUAACAAUGGGAAUUUUGCUUAUCAUUGAAAGUUCUAUGGCGGAAAAUACCACCAAUAGCGAUAUUCACAGAGUGAAGAAAGUUGUUAAGAUGACCCCUGUAUUUUCGCUGGGAACCAUUUCACCCAAGUCAGGCCGGGAACCACCAUCCAUCCACACCUUCAGAGACAGGGAUCGCUUCCGGUCUAUGAAUGGCAACAUGAUUCGCCAAAAAAGAUUUUUCAAUAAAAGUCGAAACGCAUUGUUAAAAAUUCGCCAAAAAAGAUCCGCCGCUGACAAGCGAUUCACUUUGUAUCAAGAACGACACAAGAAGGUUGAACAGUUGAACAAGGUCAAAACUAUUCGCGAAAAAAUCGAGCGGGACAUACAAAAAAACAAAAACGAUCCUAGAAAUUUUAUACGAAGCGUUGGGGUGUCACGCGACUUAAUGCAUGAAAAAAACCUUAAGUUGGAUAUAGACCAAAUAGAUAUACAACUCAAAGUCCUAGAUUUUAAUGAACAGGUGAAGAAAACUUACACCGCAAACUGUAAGGAUGAAGAAAAAGGCAUCACUCUAGUUGGUGAAGAGGGAACAACAAAGACCUUUGAGUGUGUGGAAAUGUUCAUUCGAGCCUCAAACAAGAAAGAUAAAAUAUGUGCGAAUCCCUCGACGAAAUGCUGUGCUUCUUGCAAACUCAAAGACCCACCUGGGCCACCAAUAAUCCGGGGCGAAACUCCAGUAAUGGCGUGGUGGAACAAUUUUGCGAAACAAUUAGGGGAAAGUCUCGGGAUUACUACACCAAAACCCCCUAUAGUAGAAAAAAAUACCUCACCACCAAAGCCACCAAAGCCACCAAAGCCAAUAGACCCAUGUCUCUCGUAUCCCUGCAAGAACGGUGGCACGUGUAACAACAAACCUAUGGAUAUACUGGCCAAAGCCCGCGGCUUCGAGUGCGUUUGUCAGUCCGCUUACACGGGAAAGGACUGCGAAGACCGAAAAGAAAUGUGUUCAACUCUGAAAUGCAAAAUACUCAAAGACUGUGUGGCCUCACUGGAGGGAAUGCUCUGUAUCUGCGAGGGAAGUAAACAGGCACUGCACCCAGACAAUAGAUUCUGUCUAUCCGAAAAUCCGGCUUCAGAAAAUCUUGCGUCCGAAAUCACUCAAGUGAUCGGGAAAGUUUCCACUUCCGCCUUAACCAUAUACGUUAUAGCCGGCGUCUCUGUGGCCAUUUUGAUCAUCUUGUUGCUCACGUUGGUAACCCGCAUGAAGGCGUCAUCUAAACUACGAGAUUUAGAGAUCUUAUACGUGGCGGCCCUAGACCAGGGCUACAAACCACGAUAUGAGGCCCCCGAGAUGUCCGGCGUGUGGAUAGACGUCGUCAAGACGACCCUCUGCUGUGCCACGUCUUCUUACCCCGAGACGUAUGUGCCACCGGAAACGCAGGAGCAAGGUACACAUUUGACACAAGACUACAUGGAUAAAAACGCGAGUUCAUUUGUAAAAUCCAGUGCUCAUAGAAUUUCUAAAAGACGCGCCAAAAGGUCAAGGUCAAGUUCGGAACCCCGCGCUGUCAUGUAUCGUGUUGAUUCAGCAAAAUCGAUACAACAACCGCUGGCAUUGCAUACUCAACGCCCCAGAUCUGCAGGUCCUCGCGGCCCGUCAAAACAUAGCGAACCAUUACCUGGUUCUCAUAGACGCUCUACAAGAGAACGUGACCUCUACCUAUCGGGUCGCAAGCAAUAGAUCUAACGAUAUAUGCUAUCGUGCGUACAUUUUGAAGACUUAGCGAUCGACGUCAUGACCCGCGACGGCAAGCGUGAAACGAUUCAAGUCCAAAUAGCGUCAUGCAAGCGGACAUAGCGACCAUUAAAAUGGGUGAUCAAAGGAAAAGUGAAACAGUGAAAUGUUAUCUAUCCUCGCUCUAAACAUUUGACUUAUUACUUCAACUAAAGCCUAGUGAUUAGUACGUACAAUAAAUAUGGACAAUGCACAUAACCAACAUUAAAAGGCGUAUAAUCAACGUAAGACCGACACCUACUGGGCCGUGCUCUGUGAAAAGGUGGUUUAAUGCAUGUACGUAAAGUGUCGUCCCAGAUUAGCCUGUCCGCAAAGGCUAAUCAGGGACGACACUUUUAGCCAAAACGGGAUCUUCACUAAGAAAAGACUUUCUUCUAACGAAACAUAUCAUAAAAGCAGAAACUGUCGUCCCUGAUUAGCCUAAUCUGGGACGGCACUUUACGCACAAACAUUCAACCCCUUUUGCACAGAGUAAGGCCGAUAAACACAUUCAGCAGCGAUUACGCUGAAGUUGUUAGAUUGAUAGCAAACAUGAUAUAACGUGUGUUUUAAAGGACUCGAAUUCACCAUUUUCUCUCGAAUAAAGUAAAGUGUUUGUUUAUUUUAGUGUUACCCCACCCCCCCCCCCCCCCCCCCCCCCCUCAGUUAAGAGCCAUAUCGUUUUGAUUCAUGAUACACCCUUACUGCUGAACAUGUGAACUCCAUAUACCUUGUGCCUGGAGUUUGGCUGGAAGACUGAAAUUUGGUCGAAUGCAAUUCCUGCUUGACAGACAGUUGGCCAUCUUAAAAUGCAUGCUCUCAUGCUGUAUUGGUUUAUCCCUAAUUUAUAUCCACCUAAAUUUACAUCUACUUCAGCAAUUUCAAUAUACAUUGAACAACAAUAUAAGCUACGUUUUAGACUACGUGUUAUGGAUAAAUAUACCACUCCCUCAUAGUAUCAAGUGUCUUUCAUAAUCAGGCUACGCACAUACAUUUGCGAUGUUCAUUCAACCCAGGAACGUAACUUGUUAACAAAAGGCUUAUUAUUUGGGUCACAAUAUACUCAAAGAUUUCCUUAACAAAUGUGAAAGCAAUAUCUUUUUUUAAACAAUAACGUCAAUUUUUUGCGCUUAGAGACCCUCAUAAUCUUACAUUUUUUUAAAGACCAUUCCAACCCGAAUUGAUUUAAACAAUAAAAAAGAUAGGUCAUGUGAUCUGUAAGACAAAAAUCAACGGCCACUAUUUACACCCAUAUUUUUACCGACUUCUCUCAGUUGAUGAAAGUUUCCCGCCAAUGUUCAGUCUCAUGAAGUCUCCAACCUAAAAGCAACACCGUGACUUUGCAAUAUACAGAAAUGUUUUCCCUACCACAUGUUUUUGUACAUAAAUAUGCUCUGAAACUAAUUAAUCUUGUUUUAAAAGUUAAGCUGUUAGUAUUAACGUAUACUGAUACUCUUUUUACAAUGUAUGAAAAUGUUGUUUUCGCUUGAGCUGAUUCUUUGCUGUUUUCUCAUUUUAGUCCGAUUUUUUCAGUUUUGAGAGUUUACUUGUUAGAUCAAUAUGUGUGUUUGCAUAAAAUCCAAGUUGUAUUUUAUUCUUUAUAUGCAUGAUAGCUGUAAGAUUUUAUAUUGUUACUUACAUGCAACAUGAAUCCACUAAAUAUAUAAGAAAAAAGCACAUUCAGGAUGACUUUAUUCUAUAAUAUAAGUGCAUGCUUUAAAAUAUGAUAAAUCUGUUCUCUGUUAGUUUUAAUGCAAUGCCCCCAGGCAGUCAGUGUAAUUGUUCACUUUAUAAUGUAUGCACUUUGAUGCCAUCAAUGCAAAGAUUUUAAAUUCAUGCACAUAGAGACCUUCAAUUAACUGAUUUUUCAUUUAAUUUACUAAUGUGAAACAAGUAAAACAAGUAAUUACUUGUUUUGAAGGUACAAGAAGUGGUGAACCUAAGAUCAUCUAUUUAUAUUAAUUUAAUAAUUUAGUAAGCCCUUUUUUUUCUUAAAAAACAAACUCUUGCUUCAUUAUUGCUUUCAAAGGAAGCUUUUAUGCAGACUUGAUUGAAAUGUGGAUGUUAAAUACAAUAACAGUGUCUUAUUUAGUAGCAUUGUCUGCAUAAGUAUUUUACUGGUUGUUUACUUAUGUAGAUUAGUGACAUUUUUAUACAAAGUGUCAUUAUUGUCAAAUUAUUUAUUUUUCAUGUAUGAGUAAUAUUGGUAUUGAUACUCCAAAACCAAAAUAAAUAAAAGUGUUUAUUAAAGUGUACUUUUGCAACAAAAAUAACAUGAUUGUCAAACGUUUAUUUUCUCUUUUUUGUAUUUAUAACUAUAACUAUUCUACAAAGUAAGGCUAACCAAUGUGUUCUUACUCUCUUAUCGAAACAAAACAUUAUUUACAUCUUAUGUUCCUGAUAAAAGUAUUUCAGUACAAAGAUAAAUUAUAUGCAUGUAAUUUAUAUAAAUAUCCUGUGUGUUCUUAUUACACCUAAACAGCUAAAAUUUAAGUUGUCAUGUAUGCAUUUAGCGUUGCUGAUCUUAUAAAACUCUUAAUAAUAUUGUUAAUUAUAGUUACUGACUUAUCAAUCGUA